AUGGCAUCGUACGCGGCCGAGAAAAUCGAGGAAUCAUCGCCUCACGCCGUGCUCGCCGCUGAGAUGAUCUACUUGAUUGUUGGCGUGACCGGGAUCGGAAUGUUGCACGGAUGGACGGAGGGAGUCGUCUAUCAACUCCAAGAAUACUAUACACCGUUAUGGACGUGCGCUUGUCUGAUGGUUCUCCUCUUGCUUCUCAUCAUUUCGCUCUUUUUCGUCUUCAUUUUUCUCUACUGUAAUCAACCGGGUGUCAUCACGCAUCACUGUGUCGCAUUGUACGUCUCGUGGCCGCUCGCAUUGGCUUUGCUGAUCGGAGGGCUGCUAAACGGUGGGCCCUUUCUAACGGCUACCGUGCUCGCCGUCUAUUUCACCGGUCUUCUCGGCUUUGCCUACAUCUACAGCCAAACGCAAUGGAUUUCCACCUACGAUCCGCCGGUGGCC